AUGGAGGCCGAAUCAGACCUCAAAUAUGAUAUACCAGGUGAUUUCCUCCAGUGGAUGAUGGAUCUGGCUAAGACCGAGAAAGAGUCACACCCACACAAUCUGGCCCACCGACUGCUUGGAAUCACUAGCAUGGCGGUCGUUCACACCAGCGCCAUGAGUCUAACCCAUGCUUUGUACGACCUUCUUCUCAUGACGCAAUGGGUAGAGCCGUUGCUUGAAGAGAUUCAAACGGAGAUUUCGGACUGGCCUAAUAUCAGCCAGGCUAAUUUGAAUAACUUAAAUUUCAUGGACAGUCUUUUGAAGGAAUCUCAAAGUUUCAAUCCCCCUGGAGAACAUACAGUUUCUUUUCACCGCGUUGUGAAACACAAUCUUACUUUAUCUGAUGGACUUCUUCUUCCUAAGGGAACCCAUAUCUGUAUGGCAACCGGUCCGAUCUCGCGAGAUCCUGAAGUGGUUGAACAUCCCGAAGUAUUCGAUGCUUUCCGCUUUGUCAAACAAAAAGCUGCAACAUCUGGAUUUGUGAGUACAGGACCAAACCAUAUGCAUUUUGGUCUAGGCCGUUAUGCCUGCCCUGGGAGGUUCUUUGCAUCCGUGGUGAUGAAGUUGAUCCUGUGUCGCUUUAUGAUGGAGUAUGAAGUUCAUUUCGCUCCCAACCAAACGGAAAGACCAAGGAAUAUUUUGAUUGGAGAUAAAAUUGUGCCAAGUGUCUCAACUCCAAUAUUCAUCAAGAAAAGGGCUUCUUGA